UGACACAGAACCACGGCCACUGCGCCUGUAUUCGGACGAAGCUAUCACGCUGGCUUGUUAUACGGCUGUUCCCAUUACCAAAAGAAGCGGCAGAUCGCACUUGAACACUAGUAGAAAGCCCAGAGGCAAGCCGCAAUCAUGGCGAAAACCAUCAGUCCCGUCACAGUCACCUAUGUGCAAAAGUCAGCCGUGAAGCCCAGUAGACUCCCCCUUAUCCAUGCUCCGAAUCUGCUGGCUCGAAGGCAGUCUGCUGUGACUACGAUUCCGCCGCUGAUUGACGGCGUCCGCAUCGUCACGGCGGCAGAGUACAAGAAGGCAGCUGCUUGUCUGGCCGAGGCUUUUGCCGAGGACGACGUUGCGCGCUACUUCAUCGAUGUGCCUGACCGCGAGCACUGGACGGAGCAGGAGAAGUGGGAUUUGCACGUCGAGAUCCUCGAAUAUGUGACGUAUGCUCACAUCUUGAAGGGCCUUGUGACGACUUGCGGCGAGUUUGAGUCGGUGGCUCUCUGGAUGCCCCCCGGCCAGAACAUGGACGACCUCUGGACCGUCUUCCGCAGCGGCAUGUGGCGCCUCAACUACCGCCUGUCCGCUGAAGGCAAGCGGCGCUUCUUCAAGGAAUUCCUGCCCCUCCUGCACGACGUCAAGCAUACGGCCCUCCGCGAACGCGACGACGACAGCUGGUACCUCGUGUACAUUGGCACGCGGCCCAGCGUGCGUGGCAAGGGGCAUGCGCGCAAACUCAUCGAGCAUGUGACGAGGCAGGCGGAUCGGGAGGGCCGGGCGUGCUACUUGGAGAGCAGCAAUGAGGUGAACCCGCCGAUUUAUCGGAAGUUUGGGUUCGAGACGAGGAGGACGGUGCAUUUGCAGAGGGGGGAGAGGAAUGUUGCGUUGGAUAUUAUGGUGAGGGAGCCCAGGGCGGUGGAGAAGGAGAGGAGGGAUUCUUAGGCAUUUGAGGGGAGGAGGUGAGGUGGAUGAUAGAGGUAGGGUGUGGGACGUUUCGCGAGGGACUUUCACUUCAACAGCUGAAAUGUCUCGUGUAUGUGAGAAGGGCGAUCUAAAUUGACAAUCGGAUAGGAUAAGAGACGGACUAGGGAGCACAGCAGGGACGGAUCGUUCUUUAACAGAACGGGAUAACUAAACAUUUUCUCUUUUUUUUUUCUCUUUUGUUUUUUAAUUUCUGCUAAAGUCUACUAUUUUCCCUUCUAUCCCUAAAGUUUUAAGUAAGAGAUAGUUUAACGUAUUCCACCACCGAGUGUCGCACACCACCGAGUGU